AUGGUCGUGAUUGGAAAGGAACUUGGCCUAGAUGUUAAUGAUAAAAUGAAAGUCGAUUUAUUGCGAGAGAAAUUAGCCUCACAUGCUGCUUUCAAAACGAUCUCGAAAUUAGAAAAGUUAGGAAACCGUUAUAAUGUACACAUCUUAUUUCUGCCGAAAUACCACUGUGAAAUGUCGGCGAUUGAGGGCCUGUGGUGUUCGAUGAAAGCGUACGUUAGAAAGCAUAGUGAACAGUCGUUUGGAAAAAUGAUUGAGUUGAUAGAUGAAUCACGUCGAUAUUUCGAAGAAAAAAAGCUUGACCGAAAACUACAACGUCGAUUCUGGAAAACGUUGCAUGCUUACGAUGACGGACAGGAUUACAAACAAUUACCAGAAGAAGAUGAUGCUAUAAUUGCUUAUGAAUCAGAAUUGCAUUUUUACAUAAAACACGCUGAGUAUUAUUUGCAAAACAACAAUGAAGAUGCUGCCAUGGAAAAUUAUAAUAAAGUACUUGAAUUUGCUGGUGAUAAAACUGAUUAUGCCAUUGAACAUUACACUUAUGUACUUGAAUUGAUACCUGAUUCGAAUCCAAGUGUUGCUCAUUAUGUGUCUAAGUUAAAACAAAGUCUUUAUUCAAUGGAAAGAUACGUUUAUCAAUCGAUUGGAGGAUGUUAUCAAAAUUUAGGUGAAUAUGAUUCAGCCAAGAAAAACUUUUUAUUAUCAUUACGAAUUGUGUUAAAAAUGUAUCCGUUAGAUUAUAAACAUAUUGACAAUUUAUUACUUUUUAUCGGUGGGACAUAUCUUCUGAUUAAAAAUGAGGAUGCUGCUUUAAUCAAUUAUCAGUUAUCUGAACAAUUCAUUCUAGAUAUUGAUUCUUCAAUGUCUGCUGCACAAUAUUAUCAGCUUGCAAGACUUUAUUUUAUUUUUAAACGCGAUUAUGAUUUAGCUUUUUUGGAAUUGUUUAUUACUUACGUAUCAAAAAGAUGA